AUGAAGCAACGAGACAAAAAGUGCGUACUCAAAGAAAUACUACUUAGGCCCACUAGAUUUGACUGAAUCUAUUGAUCGAUUGCAAAAAACUGUAGGUGAUGGACAUUCUAUCCCACGUCAAUAAGCGAAUCAAAAUGACUACUUCCGUCAAGUUGCCGUUUGAAGCCUUGCUUGCUCAGUAUAACGAUGACAAAGUAUCUGCUUUUGUAAAGAACUUUACGCUGAUAUACCUCGAGAUGGCGGUUGGACGUUUAACCCCUGAGGAAACAUCGAUUCACACCCCGAGCUUUUUAUGUGGCAUCAGCCGUCGAUCCAAUCCUCAGACAAUAACCUUGUUGCAUAUCGUCCUACCUAUUCUGGGCAAAUGGAGUAAAGAUAACGCAGAUAAAGCAUCAAGCCGUCAACAGAUUUUCCACUUUGAUGACCAUCCUCAAGAUGUGGCUGUGAUAUUGAAUUUUUUCCUCAAUGUAUUACUGUAUCAACCUCCGUCCCAGCGCAUGAUGCAGCAAGCUCAAGAAUCUAAUGACGCUUCGCCCCAAUACCCGGGGCUCAGCCCAUCAGCAGUAGAGGAGAUCACCAACAAAGGGAAAAUUACAUGGACUUCUUCACGGUUAACAGAUGCCAAAUUGGCGAUUCUCCAAUUUUUGAUGACGUCCGUUUUCACAGAUGAUGAGCGAUUACGACUAUUUAUUAUUGGCGUCUGUGAUCCUAAUCACCAGGUGGUCUCUACAAGCGAAGACGGACUGCGACGAUGGGCUAAUAAUGCGAAUUUGGAGGAAGCAGCGGUUAUUCAACCCCUUUAUGCUCUUUAUUUAGGCUCCACAUCCAAGACAUCUGCCGCAAAAGAUGCUCGAGCUCCGGCCUCAAACGCGGUUAAACUACGAAUUUUGCAGUAUCUUAACAAGUCCGUCGCCGCUUGCAACAUGGUAUCGCAUAUGAUCCAAGUGGUGUUUGAUGGAAUCUACGGCGAGCGCUCUACCUCCAAAUUGCGUCGAGCUUCCUUGUCAUUUUUGCAAUGGGUGGCGCGCAUGAGCAAGGAAUCCAGUAUUGCUCCGGUAGCACCUAUUGUCGUCUCUGGUUUGAUAAAGUAUAUCAAUGAAAAUGCAUCCUCCAACGUUUCUAAUGAAGAAAGUAACGUUGGCUAUGCGUAUAUUGCGUGUGGAUUGAUUCUCAAGAAAGUGCCCAAACUUGCAUUAGAAGAUAUGAGUAUCUUGUCGCUUUUCUUUGAAAACUUGGAACGAGAGCACCCGAAUACUCGGUCUUAUAUUCAGGAUGCUCUAUCCUCCAUGAUUGAAAUCUUUGUGGAUCAACCCGAAGUUGGGGCUCAUGAUGACGAGUUGAAGGAUAUUAUUCUAACAGCAGUGCAAAAGAAUAAUCCAAGUAGUCGUUAUUUGGCACUCAAGUAUUCAAAUGCCAUCUAUCCAUUCGCUUCCGUGUUUGCUCGUUAUGUGUGCUUACUGGGUCACUCCUCCACUGUCAACAAAUUGGAAGUAAAGGAAGAAGCCAGUCGCGGUCUGAUUCCUUUCAAACGUAGCCAUACGGGACUGCUAUCGACAAUGGAAAGUAUCGUUCCUACGAGUGCUAUGCCUUCCUUCAUCGAUCUCGUCAAUUACAUUUCCGAACACCGACCCAACGAGCAAUACAUUUUAGAAUCCAAGACACCGGUCAUCAAGGGUUAUCCCAUUGAAGUCUAUACGGAGAUUCUGAGCUUUUUGCGAAUGAUUCUUGUCCUGGAAGCCAAUCCAGAAAAUAUCACGAUUGAUCAAUACAUGCAAGACAAGGUCGAGAAUAGCAUGGCUGAAGAUCCCGUUGUUAUGGCCAAUUUUGGAGAUAUGAUUUCCACAUGGUGGACUGCCGGAGAGGAAAGUCAAAGAAAAGGAAUCGAAGUAUGGUUGCGCCUGAUAGAAAACGCAUUGGACCCGCAUUUGAAAGACCCUGUUUUGGUAGCCACGGCAUCUAAAUGUCUGUUGGAAAUCAUUUCGCUGGGUCCAACCUCCUUGUCGACCACAUUCAAGCCACGGUUGAACAUAUUCAAAAACUAUGCGCUUUCAAACAAGGAAGAAGCUCGCCAAUUGAUGUCCCACAUUUUCGGUAUCAUUGCCAGCGACGAAAGUAUUCCCCAAGAUGAGGUCGAAAGUCUCCUCUCGGAAUUCUGCGACAUUUUGCAACAUGCUCAAUCCAAGCAGAACGCCAGCACCAAUUUCGAACAGCAGCAUGGAUCCAUUUUGGCUAUCGGGUACCUACUAGGACGAUGUAUCUACCGAGCUCGUAGUGUUUCUAUCGAUGUCGAGCGGCGAUGUAUUGAGCAGCUGACGUUACAACUCGAGGGCAAUCCUGGCACAACCUUUUACUCCCUGGCCGCUGCCGCCUGUCACGCGCUGAGCGAGAUUGGCCGCGUCAAGCCAUUACCCUUCCCUAUACAGAACGAAUCGAUUGGCGAAAAACGCGAAGCAAACAGCAUGGACGUGGACGGUGCAGAAGGACUAACGGUUCAAAUGGUGGUUGAAAAACUGGCCAAACUGGCCAAGUCCUGCAAGGACAGCAAAGUUCAAGACAAGGCUGUUCUUGCCUUGAGUCAUCUCAGUAUCCCGUACAGAGAGAACAGCAGUUUGCAAUCCACCGUUACUGAUUCUAUAUUUGCUGUUGCGGAUUCGAAACAAGUCGAUCUUUAUUUCGCAGGCGGAGAAGCGUGGUCUGUCCUAGCAUUUGGAUGGAAAUCCCAAGCGAUGAGAAAAUACAAGGAUAUUAAAGAGGCGGCCGCGCUUAACGAAAUCGUUGGGAAGGACACAGCCACACCAACGGAGGAGAUGCAGAAAACUCUGGAGAAGAUUGUCAAGAAUUAUGUCGUUAGCGAUCGUUCAUGGUACCGUCAAGCUUCCUGUAUAUGGCUGCUCUCUCUGCUGAAGUUUGGAAAGGAGCAACCACUGAUCAAGACAAAUUUGGGCACAAUCCACGCUUCCUUCUCGCGUUUAUUAGCAGACCGCGACGAAUUCACACAAGAAGUUGCAUCCAAGGGUCUUGGUUUGGUCUAUGAAUACGGUGAUGCUAAAAUCAAGGAAGACAUGCUGUUCUCGCUGGUGGGCACAUUCACUGAAGGUCGAAGCACCCAACCACAAUCAGUGACCGAGAAUACUGUGCUGUUUGAAGAGGGGGCUCUUGGUACCACUCCCGAUGGAAACUCAAUCACUACUUACAAGGAACUGUGCUCUUUGGCUUCUGAGCUUAAUCAACCGGAUCUUAUCUACAAGUUCAUGAAUCUUGCCAACCAUAACGCUUUGUGGACAUCUCGACGAGGGGCUGCUUUUGGUUUCCAGAAUCUGAUGGCUUUAGCCGAGAAAGAAAUGGAAGCCCAUCUAUCCCGCCUGAUUCCGAAGCUUUACAGAUAUCAAUUUGAUCCGAACCCACGAGUAAACCAAAGCAUGAAGGCGAUCUGGCAAUCACUGGUGAAAGAUUCGCAGAAGACGGUGGACACGUAUUUUGACCAGAUCAUGGAGGAUAUUCUCGCCGGUUUGGGUAACAGACAGUGGCGUAUUCGUGAAGCUUCCUGCAUUGCUGUAACGGAUCUCGUGCAGGGCCGCCAAUUGUCUCAAAUUGAGCCCUAUUUGGAGCAGCUUUGGUGCAUGUGUUUCCGAACGCUCGACGAUAUCAAAGGUUCCGUUCGGCAGGCGGCGACACAAACAUGCCGUCAGUUAACUAAGUUGACGGUUCAUUAUUGUGAUCCCAACAUUGUCUCCAGUGGUGACGGAGCCAAGGUGAUGGCUAUCGUGAUGCCCUUUUUACUGCAAAAAGGCAUCGUGUCCGAUGCUGAGGACGUACAGAAGUUUAGUCUGGAUGCUAUUCUUCGUGUCUGCAAAUCUGGCGCCAAACUUUUGAAGCCAUACAUUCCGGAUCUUAUUGACAGUUUGCUCCAAUCGCUUUCCUCGCUGGAGCCGCAGGCCAUGAAUUAUCUCAGCUUCCAUGUGGACAAAUACAAUAUUUCCCAAGAACAGUUGGAUAAUGCGCGCUUAAACGGGGCCAAGAAUUCCCCCAUGAUGGAAGGAAUUGAACAUUGUGUGAACCAAAUCGAUCAAGAUGUCAUGCAAGUAUUAGCUCCUCGUCUUAUCCAGAUCAUCAAAAAAGGAACGGGCCUUCCAACCAAAGCUGGCUGUGCUCGCUUUAUCGUCACCUUGGUGAUGAACCGUCGAGCCGUCGUCGAACUUUAUGCCGAUUCGAUUUUGAAAGCAUUGAGCGGUGCUAUCCGUUCCAAGAAUCCAGUGGUGCGUAAAUCCUAUGCUACCGCGGUGGGAUAUAUUUGCCAACUUGCGACCUAUGAUCGUCUCAUUUCCCUUAUUAAGCAUCUUAAAAAGCUGUAUAUUGAAGAAGAAGACGAAGAUUCCCACGUGGCAAGUGCUGUUACUUGUGUGGAAAUUACACGUUUCGCUACGGAUCGAACCAAAGCCGUGGCUUCAGAAAUUGUUCCUUUAUUAUUCUAUGGCGAGCAUGAUCCUGAGGAGAAUUUCAACAAACUCUGGAAAGAUGCAUGGGAGAACAUGACAGCGGGUACCCGCAGUAUGGUUACCAUGUAUGCAGAUGAAAUUCUCCAAUUUGUCCAGCCUUUGCUCUCAUCCGCAUCUUGGAAAGUAAAGCAAACCGCUGCUUUAACCGUUGCCGACAUGUGCAAAUCAGGAGGCAAGAGCGUUGCUAAGCAUGUCGAAAAACUGAUGCCUAUCAUGAUCACUACGCUUGCCACUCGCUCAUGGGCAGGUAAAGAACAUGUCCUGGACGCGUUUGUUCAAUUGUGUAUAUCAGCCUCCGAUUAUUUUGACUCACACAAGAAGCCGUCGCUUGCUGACGUUGCUAAGAUCAUGAUACGCGAAGCGAAGCGCAAGAAUCGCACGUAUCAGCGGCAUGCCCUGGUAUCACUUUAUAAUUUCCUGAACGCAUUUGGCGAAAAAAUUGAUAUCUAUGAUCAAAUUGAAGAUUUCUUGGUGGAGCUGUGUGAAAUGGAUGAAAAUGAAGCCAUGGAAGACGAGGACAACGAUAAUGCCAAACCAUUGUUGUUGAUGGUGAAAGCCAAUGCAUUUAAUGCUAUCGUAGCAGGCUUCCGACCAAAGGUGUUUGAAGGACAAGCCCAACACAGUGAUCCAUUGAGCCAGAUGUUGACGGGCUGUCUCCCGACCAAUGUUUGGAAUGUGCAAUUGGCGAUUUUGAAUAGCCUGAAAAUAUUCAUCGAACACAGCGCCACCUCAUCCUUACAAGAGAAGCCGAUCCGGCAGCGUAUAUUACAGAGCUCCAUCCACUGCUUGGCACAGAUGAAGUAUACUGCUAUUCGUGCAGCGGCCAUUGAAGUCCUUGAAGCGGCUGUAGCCGGCGGCAUGGUCCAAGACGAUGAAAAGACCUUUUUGCAAGCCAGUCUUUCCUCCAGCCAUGAGCGGGAGACGGUGGCAGCUCUCAAAGAGCGAUUACAGAAACUUAAACAGGCUAUUGUGUAAAAUUUCGAAAUAAACGAACUGUAUG